AUGAGGGUUGCCUCACCAGGCGAUAAGUUUGACGAACGUUUUGUUGAGCGCCAUCCCGGCCUUGGAGUCGAAGACGGACGAGAAGGUGCUGCUGAGGAAGUCGCUGGACACCACCUCUUCGUCGGUGAAGCCCAGGAUGCCCAGCAUGGGGCCCUCGGCGGCCUCGCGCACUCGCAGCUUGAUCUCGUCGUAGGUGGCUUCCCGCGCCAGCCUGGCGGCAGAGCGGGCCAUGCCUUACACUUAGACUCUCACAUUGACUAUCCGUUACGUGGAACGGGUGAGGUCGACGACGGACACGUCGGGCACCGGCACUCGGAAGGCCAUGCCCGUCAGCUUGCCCUCCAGCGCGGGGAUGACCUUGGUGACCGCUUUCGCUGCGCCAGUCUGCGCCGGGAUGAUGUUCUGCUGGGCGCCUCUGCCGUCGCGCCAGUGCUUUGGGGCGAGCAGAAAAUUAUUAGAAAACAUAGUACCAUAAAACGCAGAUUUUCAUUACAAUAUUACGUUAAUAUAAUACUAGUUGGACCUGUGCGAACAUUCCGCCAUAUGUAAAUCAUUAUUUAAAAAUGAAAGCUCUGUAGUGGAAAGCAACCUCUACGAUGGAAACAAAUUUCAAACAUUUCUGAAAACACGUGCUGCGGCGUGGGGGUACCCUUCAGGCAUGAAAUGAAACGUCCCAAAAUGACUUAUUUUGUAGAUUUCGUCCGGCACAUAGUAUCUCGUGACCCAGCGUAGAACGGAAACGUUUUAAAGGCCGAAAGAAAUGUCGUUUCCUUAUUAUGCACCUUGGUAACGUGUCACUGUAACGUGAGUGUCGAUUGCAUGAAGGCCUUCCCUGUCCGUGCAUCCCACUCUGUAAACGUCUAUUGGUCAAGUAGUACGUGUAUUUUUCAAUUUGCUGCCAGUACCAACGCACAUUUCAUUAAUUAUAAUGAUUUUAUGUUGCUUCUUAGUUUUAAUAAGAACUUGCAUUUUCACGUGACUUCAGAUUUUAGGAUACACUAAUGACAUGCUGUUACAUCAGAAACUAUUCAGAAGGGUGUUUAAGCUCUUGCCAUGUCGCAAUAACACACAGUCAACUAAAAUGUAACUUGAACACGUAAGCUUCCGCGGCUCAAGUUCAUGACUUCUUGGCUGCCCAGGUGACGCCACGUUUUUGGCUGAGAGGACGACAUUUCUCUUGUCAUGUCGCAGGCUUCCUCAAGGUAAUAAAAUGUUACUUCCUGGAACAUUGCGUUUACCUGUCGCUUCGAGAACCCAGUCGCUUCGAGAACUUAACACUUGUCUCUGAUUACAAUUCUUAGAUAUCUUAUCCCAAGAGUUGUAUUUCCAAAAUGAGGAAAUUCUUGUCAAUUGAAAUUCCUUGACCAAAUUUUGUCCAUUGAUUACGUUUUGUACAGCGCAGAAAUAAUGCAUUAUAUCAUGUAA